AUGGCCCCGGCAGACCCUCCCCUGUCCGGGGAGAAAGCCCUGGGGGAAGCGCUGCAGAGUGAAGGGACUUGGGGCGCGGCGGAGACGAGUGAAGGAAGAGGGGGCGGCGUGGGCAGGGCGGCGGCUUGCAGGCUGUCCUCCUCUCUGCAGGCCGCUGGCCUGGACCUCUGCCGUGGACAAAGUUAUCCGGGGGUCGCGCUGCGCCCUGGAGCCCUGACGGCCGCCGGCGGGGGUCCCGCGUCCCGCGGCUCCGAUGAGUCCAGGCACGCGGGGGGCCGGACGGGAGCCGGAGAGCGUGGGGUCCCCUCUCGGGCCAUGCCGGCGCCCCCCGGAGACGGAGCCGGAGCCGGAGCCGGGGCCCCGCGCCCCGCGCCCCGCAGCCCGCCCCGCGCGCCGUCCCCGCGCGCCCCGGACCCGCCCGCCAAGGGCCGCUACUACGGGCGCGCGCGGCGCGUGAGCGGCCCCGACGCCCGGGCCGACCCGCGGGAGGAGCUGCUGGUCAACGUGGGCGGCCGCCGCUACCUGCUGCCCUGGAGCGCGCUGGACGCCGCCCCGCGCUGCCGCCUGGCCCGGCUCCGCGGCUGCCGCAGCCCGGCCGAGCGCGCGCGCCUCUGCGACGACUUCGACGAGCGCACCGGCGAGUUCUUCUUCGACCGCAGCCCCCGCGCCUUCGGGAUGGUGGUCAGCUUCCUGGCGGCCGGCCGGCUGGCCCUGCUGCAGGACGCGUGCGCGCUGUCCCUGCGCGACGAGCUGGCCUACUGGGGCCUGGAGCCCGCGCUCCUGGACGGCUGCUGCCGGCGCCGCCUGCGCGCCAAGCUGGACGAGCUGGCCGAGCUGGGGCGCGCCGACGCGCUGCGGGGCCGGACGGAGCCCGGCGGGACCCCCGCGCCCCCCUCGCGCUGGGGCCGCUGCAUGAGCCGCCUGCGGGAGAUGGUGGAGAACCCGCAGUCCGGCCUGCCCGGGAAGGUCUUCGCGUGCCUGUCCGUCCUCUUCGUGGCCACCACGGCCGUCAGCCUGUGCGUCAGCACCAUGCCCGACCUGCGGGCCGAGGAGGACAAGGGCGAGUGCUCCCGCAAGUGCUACUCCCUCUUCGUCGUGGAGACGGUGUGCGUGGCCUGGUUCUCGCUGGAGUUCUGCCUGCGCUUUGUGCAGGCGCGCGACAAGUGCCGGUUCUUCCAGCGCCCGCUGAACGUCAUCGACAUCCUGGCCAUCUCGCCCUACUACGCGGCGCUGGCGGUGCCCGCGGAGCGCGCGGCGGGCGCGGGGCUGGCGCUGGAGCGCGUGGGGCUGGCGCUGCGGGUCCUGCGCGCGCUGCGCGUCCUCUACGUGAUGCGCCUGGCGCGCCACUCGCUGGGGCUGCGGACGCUCGGGCUGACGGUGCGGCGCUGCGCGCGCGAGCUCGGGCUGCUGCUGCUCUUCCUGUGCGUGGCCGUCACGCUCUUCUCGCCGCUCGUGUACGUGGCCGAGCGCGAGUCCGGCCGCGCGCUGGAGUUCACCAGCAUCCCCGCGGCCUACUGGUGGGCCGUCAUCUCCAUGACCACGGUGGGCUACGGCGACAUGGUGCCGCGCAGCGUGCCGGGCCAGGUCGUGGCGCUGAGCAGCAUCCUCAGCGGCAUCCUCAUCAUGGCCUUCCCCGCCACCUCCAUCUUCCACACCUUCUCCCACUCCUACCUGGAGCUCAAGCGGGAGCAGGAGCAGCUGCAGGCGCGGCUGCGCCACCUGCAGUCGGCCGCUGAGCGCGAGCGGGCCGCGCCCGCGCCCCGCGGGGCCCAGGGGAAGCCCUUGAAUGAGCCUUCAGGGAAACGUGCUCCCCGGAAGUGA